AUGACUCUCAUCCCAUCUCCUACACAUCAUCAUAUUGUUUUCCUCCAGGCAGAUUACUGCCCGUUGCCAGAAUUUCACUUCCCGCCCGGUCAUACAUUCUCUACAACGGUCUACCAGCAGACCUCAGUCUCAGAGCUGCAUUCACGAGUUCGUGAUGCCUCUAUUGUUGUGUUCUCCUAUAUUCCCUUUGAUGCGCAUACCCUUUCACCAGAAAUCACGCCGCACCUCAAACUCAUUGCUGUUGCGGCGGUGGGGACCGACUGCAUUGACUUAGAAACAUGCAGGAGAAGAGGCAUCAUCGUGAGCAGAUCCGUCGGUGCAAAUGUGGAUGCAGUGUCCGAGCAUGCGAUCGGGCUGUAUUUCGCUGCACGACGAAGAUUACUCGACAUGCACACGCUGACGAGAGAGGGCGAGUGGCACCGGAAGGGAACUGUCAUGUUUCAAGUCCUCGACAAGGACGGUCAGCCACCUCUUAGUUGUCAAGAAGAAGUAGCUGGUAUUGUUGGAAAUGGGAUCGUUGGUCAAAAGAUCGCCCAGCUUGCACGUAAUUUGGGAAUGAAGGUGCUCAUCUCUGCGCGGAAAGACCCUACAGACUCGUCGAGCAUGGUGAAUGAUGACGAGCGAGUUCCAUUCGAUUCCGUCAUCAAACAAAGCACAGUCAUUUUCGUGGCAGUGCCUUUGAGCAACUCAACGCGGAACCUCAUAUCAACUCCAGAGAUGAGGGCAAUGUCACCGCAUGCUAUCUUAGUUAACGUGUCUCGUGGAGGUAUCGUUGACGAAGAGGCACUACUCGACGCUUUGAAAGAGAAUUACAUCGCGGGUGCGGCAACAGAUGUCUUUCGAGAGGAGCCUGCUGCUCCACAUAACUCUCCUCUACUAGCAGAAGAAACAAAAAGCCUCAACUUAAUCGUCACCCCUCAUCUAGCAUGGCUGUCGAGGAAGACCUUGGCCAACUAUUCUCAGAUGGUGAAGAAGGCGAUUGAGGGAUGGAGCGCUGGGCAGCCCUGCAACGUUGUGGCUUGA